AUGCUCAAGACUGUUCAUGUGAUUCUGGAUUAUGUUAACAGCUUUGCUGCGAUUUGUGUUUUGAAUGAGUUCUUCUACCACAUUCUGGCUGACAUCGAAGGAAUAUUGGAAACAACUAAAGAAGAACUCAUUCAAAACACAAAUCGCAGCAAAGCUGUUAACAUAAUCCAGAAUCACAUGAACAGUCUUGAGCAUCAAAUCCAAAACACUGACCCUAACACUAAGCUAUGUAUGAACGCCAAGAAAAUAACAACAGCAUUCCUCAAACAACAUCCCGAAAUAUGCGUCUUGGCUUCAGACAAGGGUAACAGAACUGUUAUCAUGAACACUGAAGACUACAAAAGGAAGAUGACACAUUUGGUUAACGAUAGUAGAACGUAUAGAAAAACGAAAAGAGAUCCCACAAGUGGUUACCAAACGAAGAACAAUUCUUUUGCGAAACGCUUCUUCGAUUUGAACCUUAUAGACAAAUAUAAACGCAAAAAACUGUCCAUUUCGAAUGCAACUUGCCCCAGGAUAUAUGGCCAACCCAAGGCUCACAAAAACGAGCUCCCACUAAGACCAGUAAUUCCAAAUAUAACUGCUCCCACUUAUCAACUUGCGAAGUUUAUGGCUAACAUUCUUCGAAGUUCGAUAACCAGUGAAUAUGAAACCAAGAGUUCGUUCGAAUUUUGCGAUGAUAUCAACGGAAUCAAACUACCAGAUAAUUAUAUCAUCAUAUCUCUGGAUGUUGUCUCUUUAUUCACUAAUAUACCCCGACAUUUAGUCAUUAGUAAUCUCAUCGAACACUGGAAGGAGAUCAACACACAAAUCAACCUCGACCUGUUCAUAGAAAUCAUAGAAUUUCUAAUGGAAGCCUCAUAUUUCCAAUUUAAAAACACAUAUUAUGUACAAACUUUCGGCACAGCUAUGGGAAGCCCACUGUCACCAAUUCUAGCACAGAUGGUUCUUGACACGAUAAUUGGUAGAGCACUUAAAGCGCUCCCUUUCCCGAUCCCCAUUAUUCGGAAAUAUGUUGACGAUUUGUUUCUUGCAAUUCCGAAAACUGAUAUCCAAAUACUUCUGGAAACUUUCAACAAGCAGGAAGAUAGGAUACAGUUCACAAUAGAGGAAGAAAAAGAAGGUAAACUACCCUAUCUGGAUAUGGUAGUCAUCCGCAACCAAGAUCAAACGCUAACAACGGAAUGGUACACAAAACCGAUUGCCUCUGGAAGGAUGCUCAAUUUUCAUUCUUGCCACCAGCUUAAGCACAAAAUUAAUGUAGCCAACAACUUCAUAGGCAGAGUAUCAUACCUAACCAGCAACAACCAUAGCCAAGACAUAGCACAGACAAUCCACUCGCACCUCAAUAGAAACAACUAUCCCAGAACAUUAAUCAACAGACUUUUAAACCUGCAUAAAAAACGCCACCAAACUCAGUCGCCAAAAAAACAACCCAGCUCAUCUCCACCAAUAGCCCAAAACACCGACCAACCAACAAUCACCCAGAAUGCCACCACAGAUAUCACCAACCAACAAACAACAGAUGAAUGCACCUACAGAUCCAUCCCAUACGUGCCCCAUCUGUCUGACAAACUUAUCAAAAGUUUCGUGAAAGAUUUUCCGUCCACCAAAAUCGCCACGAGACAAAUUAUAACAGUCGGCCAACUGUUCAGCCAAGUCAAAGAUCCAAAACCAAAUGGGGAAAAAACUAACAUCAUCUACGAAAUACCUUGUCAAAACGAUUGUCCGUGUGUAUACAUCGGACAAACCAAAAACACCCUGGAUCAAAGACUUUCAGGCCAUAAAAGUAACAUCAAGCUGAUCGACCAAUACAUCAAGAAGAAACGCAAAACCAAUGGAACAAACGACCAACAACAUCAACAUCAACAUAUCAUUACGAAUGCAGCACCAAAGGAAAAGGACACCACAGCUCUUAUCGACCACUGUCUGGAGACGGGACAUAGGUUCAACAUAACACAGACAAAAAUUCUCGAUAGCAGUUUCAACACACAUACUUUAAAGUUCCUUGAAAUGUGCCACAUAUUCAAUAAUCCGAACACAGUCAAUUUAAAAACAGAUACCAACAAUCUUAAUGCAAUGUACGCUAACAUACUAAACAACCUGAAGAAACACAAUUAUAAAACAAAAUCUCUCCCGAAAAUUGUUAAAAACACAGAUUCUCUCCCUCCAACACAAACAACAGACAACAAUCAAACAGAUACCCAACUGACAAACGCAAGCAACACUUCAUUUUGA